CGCGGACGCCGGGCAUUAAACCAACCCCAGAUUCCCCUAAUCACACACGGCUCAAGCUUCCUUGAUUUUAUGAUUUCUGUUUCUUUGUCCCGCGUGGAAAUCGACUGUUCGAGAUAACAUCGGCCGAACGCAGCUAUUGAUGGUCAUUGUCGUUAUCGUUGUUGUUACCGUCAUAAAACCCUGCCGAUCCGCUCGCAAGUCGUCAACAUCGCGAAUCGUAAUCGUCGCGGUGCUCCUCUUUCUUAUCAAUCUUCCCUCUCUCGCGAGAUAUCGCGAAAUAUCGCAGCGCGGUAGUGGUGUUGGUAGUAGUGGUGGUGCUGGUCGUCAUCGGCAAUGAACGAUGAUGGACGUGGAGGAAACAAAUUCAGCGUCCACCGCGAGCUCCUCGCCGAGACCGUCGAGCCCUUCUGCGGAUUUCACGUUCAUCAGCGUGAAGGGAGAGCCAAUGAGUCCUUUGAAGGACGAGCCGAGCAGUCCUCUGGAGGCUACCAGUCCUGGUUCCAUUGUACGCAACAACAACGAGCAACAUUACGCGGCAGCUGAUUCCAACAGCACGACGCCCGCCAAGAGCUUCGUUCCCUGCAAAGUCUGCGGCGAUAAGGCGAGCGGCUAUCAUUACGGCGUUACCAGCUGCGAGGGUUGCAAAGGCUUCUUCAGAAGGAGCAUACAGAAGCAGAUAGAGUACAGGUGCUUGAGAGACGGCAAGUGUCUUGUCAUCAGAUUAAAUCGGAACCGUUGCCAGUACUGCAGAUUCAAGAAGUGCCUAGCCGUCGGCAUGUCCAGAGACUCCGUGAGAUACGGCAGGGUGCCGAAACGCUCGAGAGAACGCGGCUCCGAGGACACAAUGGCGACGACCAUGACGACUACGACGACGACGACAACGAUGGCCACCAUGGAAAUGCAGCAACUGAACACACCCGACACAGGCAACAACAACGCCAACAACAAGAACAACAACAACAACAAUAACAACAACAAUAACAACAAUAACAACAACACCCAGAGCCAGAACGCGAUCUCAACGCGGGUACCAUCCGCGACGGUGGUCGAGGCAGAUCAAUCGGACGCUGACGUGAAACAGCUGGCCGUUUACGACGUGAUUCAUCAGGUGUCGCAGGCGCAUCACGCUCACUGCGGCUUCACGGAAGAAUCUACCAGAGGCCUCACAAGAAAACCCAUGAUAAUACCGGCGAGUAAUUCUUCGCAGCCUGCCAGCCCAGAGGAUCCAGAAGCGGCGUCCUCGACCGCGGAAACUGUUGAGUCGCAGAGAAUCUGGUUGUGGCAGCAGUUCGCCACAAGGGUGACACCGUCGGUUCAGAGGGUGGUAGAAUUUGCGAAACGAAUGCCCGGAUUCUGCGAGCUCUCGCAAGACGACCAGCUAAUCUUGAUUAAAGUCGGUUUCUUCGAGGUAUGGCUUUGCCACAUUUCCAAGAUGACCACCGAUAACUCGAUGACUUUUGAGGACGGCACCUAUUUUACUCGACAGCAGUUGGAACUCAUGUACGAGCCCGACUUCGUGUCCGCGUUGAUGCAAGUUACGUCGUCAUUGAACGCCCACCAACUGACGGACACCGAGCUGGGCUUGUUCUCGGCGGCGGUGUUGCUGAGCGAGCGACCAGGCCUGAACGACGUCAAGGCUGUGCAGAGACUGCAGGAUCGUGUUCUAGAAGCGUUGAGAGUGCAGACGGCGCGACCUUCCGGUGAAGGUGCCAGCGGUUCGGUCACCACGAUCGCCAACAUCUCGCAGAGGAUACCCGAACUCAGAGCGCUGGGCGCUAGACAUGCCAGUCUGCUCGAUUGGUUCCGCAGGAAUUGGACGAAGCUCAAACUGCCGCCGUUGUUUGCCGAGAUCUUCGACAUUCCUAAAUGCGAGGAAGACUUGCAAUGAAGAGCAGCCUCUGAAGGUACAACGAGAUAAUGUGACAUCACAACAUCGCAAUGGUGUGCCACGAAGAAAUCGAGUCGCCCAGCGCGCGGAGAUCGCUCUCCGCAUAUCUAGUAUCGUUCGUUUUCACUUAUUGGUAGCGACACACACAGCUGUUACGAGAUUAUGAGAUCUGAAACUGAACGAAGAAUGAAAGGUAUCCGAAUACCGUCUCUUGUGCUCAACAAGAUUCGAAAGAAAAGAAUGAGAAGACGAUGAUAACGUUAACGUUAAUAUAUCGUUAGCUACAAGAUUCGCUAAUUUGUCACGAGGUAUCUUGAUCGCUCAAAAAAAGAACAGCGGAACUAAAAAUAAAACAUCAUUUUUCGUCCAAAAGAUUAUCUAAAAAAAGAAAAAAUUAUAGCGACACACACACACACACACACUAGUGUGUCGAUUAUCUGAGCAGAGUGACAUUAAAAUAGCGAUCUAAAUUUUCGACAGCGAUCUUUAUAUAAAGUACAUCUCAUUUCAAGAUACUUCGAAUAACAACGGAAGAUAAUUUGAGGAGAGGAAGAGAUCAAUCCUUUUGAAAAAGCGGCGCGAGCAAUAGCAACUUCGACGAAUGCGAGCUCAGAGAAAAAGUUCGCAGACGCAAUUUGCUCAAAUUCAGCGAAAACGGCUUUGUGCCGUUCGUCAAGCAAUAUAUCACACGUAUUUCCGAGCGAGCGUACAUUUACAAAAUACUCAAUUGUCGAGAAAAAAAACGAUCUUACGCAUCGCUUUGCCACUGCGUGAUCAAGUGACGGAUGACUGUUGUUUUUUUUUUUGCUGACGUCACAACAAAGUCGCGAUAAGACAAGCACAAAAAACGUAAUCGAGUCAUGGACGUCCGUUCGUGCUCAAGAUCUUGUCGUUUUCUUUUUCUUCGACUAUUGUCUAAGACUUAAACGAUAGAUAUAAAGCGCGUUGUACUCGUUCGAGUGGCUUCUUAGUAAAAAUGGCAAUCGUCCAGAUGGUAGCAUCGGAACACCAAACUAUACUCAACGGACAUAUCAGAAAGUUAAGAUUACAAGGUGUUUCUCCCCCGUACUAAGCGUUCUCAAACACACGUUUGUGUCUGUUCGCGCGCGGGAAUUCGAGCCGGUGUGAUCGCGCUAAGUUCAGAUUUCGAUGCUGCAAAUAUGCAGAAGAAAAAGUCACACAAAUAUUUUCCAAAAAAAAAAAAAAAAAAAACGUAAAGAAUUUUCUCUAACCGACCAACAUUACCAUGGCGCUUCAAGAAAACAAAACAACAAAACAAAAAAGAUUAAGAAGCAAAUGUUACAUAAGAGCUUUAGUUUAAUUUUUUCAACAAGAUAUUUAUUUUCUUGCAUCUUCAACGUCGAACUUUGAACUUGCCGCUUCAGCGGUUUUUCGAUCUCUGUUUUUUUCGCGACGCUGAAACAAUGAUGAUUAACUCAAGGCCGCAUAAAACAAACGCGCACGUACAAUUUGAGCACGUCGCUCGUGUAGCAGCCGCGUGCUUGUGCAUGCAAUUAAAUUUGUACGUAAGCGCGAAGAAGUUAUGUGUGUAUAUAUAUAUAUAUUUGUAUGUAUAUGUAUAUAUAUAUAUAUAUAUACAUAUAAAUUUCACGUUAUAAGGCUGGAGAGAGAAAAUCUUUAUAGGACGUAUAUUUCCUUAUAGGUGCAUUCGCUACGAAUCUCAAUCUAUGCAAUCUCUAUUUUUAUUACUCGACAAGUAGAAUAGCAAAUUAUAUCCCCCGAUAUACAUACGGACGUACAUAUAUAUAUGUAUACGUAUGUGUAGAUAUACAUAUGUGUGUAUGUGUGUAUGUAAUAAUGUCGCGAUGAUGCGCUUUUCAGAAUUCCGUUUCAAGUGGAAGCACGCGAGAAAAACCGGGACUCAACGCGGUUCUGAUCAAAGUUCCUUAAAUUAUAUCACACAAAACAAGUAACAAAACUCUGUACUCAGCUCGUAACGAAAAUCUACAAGCGAAACGUUCCGGGGCACACGGGAACGCACACAUUCACGUAAAUAAAUAUAUAUAUAUAUGUGUGUGUGUGUACACACACAUUGACGUCCAAAAAACAUCUUUACCUGAGAAUCGCGGUUCCACGCGGAACGAUUUCGAGACGCGAGCGCGCGACCAGCUCUUUCAAACUUUAAAACACUAAUAACUCUCUGACAAUGACUAGCGUAAUAAUACAUAACGAUAUAUAUAAUCAUAUAUAUAUAUAUAUAUAUGUGUAUAUAUAUAUAUAUAUAUGCGAGCGUGUAUGGGUUAGUACACACGCGUGUGUGUGCCGUAUGUGUAUGUAUAUGUGUGCGAAUGCAUCGAAAUACUCAUUCGUGAAGUAUGGGUUAAGAGAGAAUUAAAAAAAAAAAAAAAACGAAGUUU